GCCCCGGGAUGAAGGUGCUCCGGCACAAGAUCGAGCUGCUGACAGGGCUGCUGCUGCAGGAGAUGACCAUGGCAGGGCUGCAUGAGCUGCGCUUCACCGAGGAGAAGCCGCUGCUGCGGGGUCAGGAGCCCGAGCUGGAGCACUCAGAUGUCUUCCUCUCCACUGCAGACACAGACUGGAAGGAACAUGACAUUGAGACCCCCUACGGGCUGCUGCACGUGGUGAUCCGGGGCUCACCCAAGGGCAACCGCCCGGCCAUCCUCACCUACCAUGACGUGGGGCUCAACCACAAGCUUUGCUUCAACACCUUCUUCAACUACGAGGACAUGCAGGAGAUCACGAAGCACUUUGUGGUGUGUCACGUGGAUGCGCCGGGGCAGCAGAACGGGGCCUCGCAGUUCCCUCAGGGGUACCAGUACCCAUCCAUGGACCAGCUGGCUGCCAUGUUACCCAGCGUGGUGCAGCAUUUCGGGUUCAAGUACGUGAUCGGGAUCGGUGUUGGCGCGGGAGCCUACGUGCUGGCCAAGUUUGCGCUCAUCUUCCCUGACCUGGUGGAAGGGCUGGUCCUCAUGAACAUCGACCCCAACGGCAAAGGCUGGAUCGACUGGGCAGCAGCCAAGCUCUCUGGCCUCACCAGCACGCUGCCAGACACUGUUCUCUCCCACCUCUUCAGCCAGGAGGAGCUGAUGAACAACACGGAGCUGGUGCAGAGCUACCGGCAGCAGAUCGGCAGCGUGGUGAACCAGUUCAACCUCCAGCUCUUCCUCAACAUGUACAACAGCCGCAGAGACCUGGACAUCAACCGGCCUGGGACUGUGCCCAACGCCAAGACGCUGCGCUGCCCCGUGAUGCUGGUGGUGGGGGACAACGCGCCGGCAGAGGAGGGGGUGGUGGAGUGCAACUCCAAGCUGGAUCCCACCAACACCACCUUCCUGAAGAUGGCUGACUCCGGUGGGCUGCCCCAGGUCACGCAGCCUGGCAAGCUGACCGAGGCCUUCAAGUACUUCCUGCAAGGAAUGGGCUACAUCACGCACCUGAAGGACCGGCGGCUGAGCGGAGGCGCAGUGCCGUCCGCCAGCAUGACGCGCCUGGCGCGCUCCCGCACCGCCUCGCUCACCAGCGCCGGCUCCCUGGACGGCGCCCGCCCGCGCGCCUGCACCCGCUCCGACAGCGGCGAGCCCGUGGGCCACAUCAACCACACCAUGGAGGUGUCGUGCUGAGGCCCCGCGCCCGCCCGCUCCGCAGCCGCCUGCCGUCCGUCAGCGUCCCGCCAGCACCCCCCCUGCCCCGGGGACGUCGCUCCUCUGGGGUCGAUCCGUCGUUGCCGUUGGCCUCCAGCCCUUGGUGUGGUGCCUGAGGAGGAGAGGGGCUUCGCUUCGCCGGCCCCGGCCCCGCAGCGCCCGCCAGGCCCUCGCCCUCCCCGCCUCGGCCCUUGCUGGGAGGGUGGGCACCAGGAUGGGGGCACGGGGACGGGAUGGGGGGCUGGGGCAGGAGAGCAUGUGGAGAGGACACCAGAGGUAGGUUGGGCCCCAGAGGUCAACUGACACACAGCCACAGAAGGAGGAAGGGGACGGGGAGAGGCGCUCGCUGGGGUGUCACUGGGCCCGUCCCGGCCAUGCAGCUCCCGUCUGUCCCCACCGGCCCUCCCCGAAUCGCCCAGCACACCCAGAGCCAGCUGAGCACCGUGACAUGCGGCACCCCAACCCAUCCCCCGGCCCUGGCCACGCAACCCCUGGGCAGGGGGAGAGGGCUCAGCCCCACUCUGGGGCAGGAGGCUGGCACGGGGGUCCCCCUGCCUGUGCCCGUGCCCUCGCCUCUGGGGACGCUCCCCGGAUCCCUUGUUGCAAGAAGGACAAUCACCAUCUGCCACCAGAAAUGGCAGCAGGGCCGAGGGGACCCUCCCAGCCCCUGCCACACCGGCCAUGCCACUCCCAGCUCUUGAGGCCGCGGGCUCUGCGGACUUCACGUGGCAAACGCCCCCUCCCCAGUUUUGUCACCACAGCGGAGCCAUUAGCAAUAAGAUGAGGCCCCUCCCCAACCCCCACAGUGCCAGGGAGCUCUCUACCCCGCAGGGUAUGGCCCCACCAUGGCCCCCCAAACCCACCCCCGGCGUCUGGCCUGCUCCCUGAGGGGGUGUCUGGCCAGGGCUUGGCUCCCCAUGGGCCACAGGGCCCCAUCGGGCCACCAGCUCAGGGUGGGUCCAGCCCCGUGCUCGGCACUGCAAGUUGAGGCCCCACGGAACCCCACCAGUGGCCCCUCAGCCUCUGCUGCUGGCCACAGCCCACCCCAGGGGCAGCACAGCUCAGCUCCUCCUGCACCCUGGGGCAGGGACCCCCAGCUCAGCUCCUCCUGCACCCUGGGGGAGAGACCCCCCAGCUCAGCUCCUCCUGCACCCUGGGGAAGAGACCCCCAUCUCAGCUCCUCCUGCACCCUGGGGAGGGAUCCUCAGCUCAGCUCCUCCUGCACCCUGGAGCAGGGACCCCCCAGCUCAGCUCCUCCUGCACCCUGGAGCAGGGACCCCCCAGCUCAGCUCCUCCUGCACCCUGGAGCAGGGACCCCCCAGCUCAGCUCCUCCUGCACCCUGGGGCAGGGACCCCCCAGCUCAGCUCCUCCUGCACCCUGGGGCAGGGACCCCCCAGCUCAGUUCCUCCUGCACCCUGGGGCAGGGACCCCCAGCUCAGCUCCUCCUGCACCUCCUGCUCCUCCUGCACCCUGGGGGAGAGACCCCCCAGCUCAGCUCCUCCUGCACCCUGGGGCAGGGACCCCCCAGCUGCAGCGAUGGGUGCUCAGGCUCUGCAGGGAACCCGAGCAGGAUCCUGUACAGGACCCGCUGGGUGCCACGGUCCUGGCGAGCAGUGUGCUGGAAGCAGGUCCCAUCAGCCCUCCAAAAGCAUUCACCCCAGCCCCCAUCCCUUCUCCCCAGCUGGGCACACAGGGCUCUCAGUGGGUACACAAGGGGGUUUGGCCCUGGGACCUGUGGCCCCUCUCCCAUCGAACGACCACCCCACAACACCCGUGUCCCCGCCUGUCCCUCCCGUGUUCUGCCGUGUGCUUCCUUCUCGGCGUGACCGACAGCUGCGUAGCUCCCUCUCACUGUAGAUACCGCUGGGACCUCGUGUUCUCAGCCUGCCCUUCCUCAUGAGACUAUAAAGACAGCUGGAUGCUGGAUCUGUAUGUAUGAAGGUGUGUCCAGUCCCUCACCUCGAGCUCAGUGCCGCUCGCAUCCCAGACCCGCGGUGCCGGGAGCUGCUCAGGCUGUGCCCAGCGGCACUUCCUCACCUCGCUGCUGUUGGCUGGGUUUGGGUUUUCCCUGAUGGUUUGGGUGGUUCUUUUGGUGGCCAGUCCUUUAGUCCCUUUCUCCCUGGUCCCAGUGGGAUUUGGUGUGUUCCCCUGUGUGAGCUCCCCCCGGUUCUGGCGUGACGGCGUCGUGGCCGCGGCACUCACCAAUGUGUAACCUGGAUCUAACUCACCUGCUGCUGUAGAGAGGAUUUCCUGUGCUGGAUUAAAACUAAAGACAAAACCCAA